AUGGGAGCAUGGAAUCUAGGAGGUCAGCAACCUGCUGGUGGACAAGGUUUUCAACCUGGUUACCCAGGUGGAGGUUUUCCAGGUCAAGCGCCGGGUUAUUGUGCUCCGGGACAAUUUGGCUAUCCUGGCGGUGGUGCUGAUGCUUACCCAGGCUAUGGUGGAGGAUAUCAACCAGGUUGUCCUCAACCGGGAAUGCAAAUGGGUGGGUAUCCAGGACCUGCACCUAUGGGGCAGGGUGCCGCUCCCAUGGGAGGCCCUGGUUACAUGGGGGGUCCUGGUCCCAUGGGAGGCCCUGGUCAUAUGNUAAGUUUGCAUGGCCAAAUCACAUUUCGUUUUCAAGCGCGUUUUUUUGCUCUUCGCUGGAAUAUUAAAACAAAAUUAAACCCGACGCUGAAACCGUUCCCCGGUUUCAAUGCGGAGCAGGAUUGUCAGAGAUUGCGAAAAGCCAUGAAAGGUUUGGGCACGGACGAGAAGGCUAUCAUCGAGGUGAUGGGUCACCGGACCGCGAGUCAGCGUGUGGAGAUAGUGCGGCAGUUCAAAACCAUGUAUGGCAAAGAUCUAAUCAGCGAGCUCAAGUCUGAGCUGACCGGUCACUUCGAGGAUGCUAUCAUAGCUCUGUGCUUCUCCCCGGAAGACUUCGAUGCACGGGAGUUACGUCGAGCUAUGAAAGGCGCUGGAACGGAUGAAGAUACACUAAUUGAGAUAUUGGCAUCGCGUAACAACGAGCAAAUACGGAAAAUCAAAGAGGCAUACCACAGGAUGUUUGUUCAUUUUUUCAUGGCCACCAUUAUAAUAUGUGAACAAUAG